ACAGCUGUUGAACAACCCGCGUAAUUUUAGUUUGAGUUGUGUGUUUGAUCAAUAAAUUUUAGAUUUGUUCUGUGCAGAAUAUGUUUUGUAAAUAAAGUAUGGCGGGUAGUCCGAAAUUAGGUGAUAUUCAUAAAAAAGAUAGUCCCAAUACAUCCAAGAAAAUUAGACAGCCUGUACAAUAUGCUAAACCUGGUCCUUUCACCAAGUCGAAACUUUUUCAAGAAUGUCCGGAAGCGGAUAUACGUGUGCUAAAGGAUGCAGCUGCAAAAGUCGUUUUUCAUCCCGUAUCGGCAUUACUUCAAGAGCCAUUGUCUGCGAAGUGGUCUCACAUAACGACAGGCUGUACAUCAAUAGAUCACUGCUUGUGUGGUGGAAUCGUUACGCGUGGCAUAACAGAGAUUUGUGGCGCAUCAGGAGUUGGAAAGACGCAACUGCUGCUUCAAUUAUCUCUAACCGUACAACUGCCUACUGAGUUGGGUGGAUUGAAUAAAGCAGUCGCCUACAUUUGCACCGAAGAUGCUUUUCCUUCGAAGCGUCUGUUUCAGUUGUCGAAAGUAUUUGAAAAGCGGUUUCCUGAAAUUAAUAUCAACUAUAUGGGAAAUAUUUAUAUAGAACAUAUUCUGGAAGCGAGUAACCUAUUGGAAUGUGUUGGUGUGCGUUUAGCAAAGCUAAUGGAAUCAUUUAAUAUUGGCCUUAUUAUAAUAGAUUCAGUCGCAGCAAUAUUUCGCACCUACAACAACUAUAUUAAGCGCGCUCGGAACAUGCGUAAAUUGGCAAAUCACUUGUUGCAUUAUGUUGACAAAUACAACUGCGCGGUGAUUUGUGUGAACCAAGUUGCUACAGUGAGUGAUGCGGUGAAAGAAACACCCUGCUUGGGUUUAGCGUGGGCACAUUUAGGGCGCACACGUCUCAAGCUCUCCAAAGUCCCGAAAGAAGUCAAAAUCAAUGGGGACCUGUUAACAGUGCGUCGAUUUGAAAUCGUGUACUCACCAGAGACACCAAGCGAAGUUGCCGAGUUUUUAAUUACUGCCGGCGGUGUGGUCGAUAUACCUAUAUAGUUAUCUAAUAGAUCUAUUUACUCAUUUGUAUAGUUUUUUAUUUUUAUUUUGUAUUGUGUUUUCGCAUAGGUAUCGUUAAGCAUACAAUGCUCCUGUUUUGUACAUUCAAUAAAUAGUUGAAGUUUGAAUUAUGUAAUUGAUUACAAUCACUGUUUGUAAACACGACCAAUAAACUGCGUAUGCAUGUGAUAAACGA